AUGCUGGGCAUGUGUAUGAGGUCAUAUGACCUGGAUGGGGCUCAGUGGCCAGGAACGACGAGAAUGGCCAACAGUCUGCGGAGAGUCGCCAGGGUAUACGAACUACGCAAAACAACCACAGCCACAACACGACGGACACAGACUCAGGAGAAGGAGAAGGAGAAGGAGAGGAAGGCGAAGGCGAAGGCGAAGGCGAAGGCGAGAGACGAGCAGAGGACAGCAGCAACGGCGAAAAGACACAGACGAGCCCUCUCAGCCGACACCCACCCCAGCUCAGACUCCUCAGCAUCAGCAUCAUCCCCACACUUCAUCCACCACCACCUGCCCACGCACACCGAGCGCAGGAGGAGCACAAUCAGCCAACGCACCUCGCUGCUCCAUCUGCCCGCCGAGCUCAUCUUCCAGAUCGCACAGCUCCUCCUGGCACCCACCCUGACCAUCGAGCAGUGGGACCAGCCUGCCGACGACCUGCUCAACUUCUCAGCAACCUGCAGGACGAUCCGCCAGCUCAGCUUCAAGCUCACCUCCCACCAGCUCACCCUGACCAUCGACCGCUCCGCCCAGCACUCGCUCUCGAAAGCCACCCAGCGGAUCAAGCAGCUCGUCGACCACAGCCCAAACCGCACCCAGUGGGUCAGGAAGCUGCUCAUCAAGGACCAUGCCGACGACCUCAGAAACUCGUCCAGAGCGCGCAGGAACUGGUACGCCAGCCUCGCAGACCUGCUCCAGCACCAUCUCCCCUCGAUCGAGUUCCUCUGCUACGCCAGGAACUUGGAACUCGUCACCGAACGCUCCCCGUACGAGCUCCUCUCGAUCGACCAGACCCUGCUCCAAUCCAUCGCCAAACUCGCCCGGCUCAAGACCCUCUACCUCUCCGGCCUCGAACUCCAGCCACCCCCACCCCCACCCCGUCGAUCGCCCGCCCACCAGACCCCGUCCAUGACCCGCAACGAACUGCCUGCCAGCCUCGAGAACUUGCAUCUCAUCGCCGUCCACGACUCGGUCCUCUGCCUCAUCAAACGCUGUCCCGCGCUCAAAGAACUCCGGAUCUGGAGAGACUUCCUCGUCAGCUAUCCCUCCAUCGACCAUUGGCUCUCCAACCAACAGUGGGCGACUCUCGAGAGCCUAAGACUCAAAGGCUUGUAUGGUAACUCGGUCGUCGGAUUACAGUCCAGCUUGCGGGAGAGUAGGCAAAUGAUCUCCAACACCGGAAUCAAGAUCAACCUUCACACAUUGGACUUGGAUGAACCUUAUUCGACAAACGACCUCCUUCGGCUAUUGGAAGCCUUCAAGUCCCCCGUCCUAAGAACCUUGAGACUGACACUGUGGCGCGAUCAUGAUUUCAACCCUUCCCUGCUCGAAAAACUUGCCGAACGAUUUCCGAAUCUGGAAGACCUUCAGGUUAUCUUGGAGACCCCUUUGCGUCGUUGGUGGCCUCAUAAACUUAAUGCGUGGGCAGAAUCGUUAUCGAAGUUUGAGAAACUGCGCAGGUUAACAUGGAACUGUAGUCCGUUCACCUGCCACGAUUUCAUGCAAGUCCAAGCGGGAAUGAAGGCGCAAGUGAUGGUCCUGGGGAGCUGUGUACCGACGCUGGAGCGCGUCUCGUAUGUCGACAUCUCCGGCUGGUUAGAGAUCGAGCGUCGAUCGGGGGCAGCAGCCAGCGGGAAGAAGAAGAAGAACGACCUCCGAUCGUCCGGCCAGAAACCGGGUUGCUCGGCUGCUGCCCCGAUCAAGUCGAUCAAAUGGGCCGGCGUCCAGUUCAGAUAUCCCUUCUUGGGCUGCAACAAGUUUUGGGAUGCCGACGAAGACGAAGAGGAGGAUGCUGAUGACUGGUAUUCGGACGAAGAAGGAGAAGAAGCGGAAGACCAAGCUCCGGUGGCUAGUGCUGGCCAAGCAGGAGACGCGGGCGAAACCGAGGCUUCUGGCGCUGGAGUACCAGAGCGCCCCGGAACCGUUGGAGGAGGAGGAGCGGAGAACGUGCUCGUUAGAGAAGCGGCGCGGAAGAUCACGGUCUAUGAUCCCUUCUCGGCCGGGCCCUCGGAUCUGGCUGGCACGAACUCCUCGCUCACAUCCACCCUCUCCCUGCUCUCCUCCUGUUCCCCGCCCGCGGCCCCCGGCCUCUCCUCCACCUCCACCUCCUCGACCCUCGCCCGGCCGGCGAGCGCCAUCAAGAACCCCGCGCCGCCGCCGCCGCCGACGGCGUGUAACCACCAUCGGCUGCGGAACAGCCACUCUUACUCACGCCUGUUGCUCGGACAGAUCAUCGCGAUGGCCGGCUCUUCUUCCUCCUCGUCCCAUCCAGCCGCUUCUGCCCCCUCGGACUCAAAUACCCCCGCGCUCCAGUCCGCCUCCGCCGCCUCUUCUUCGUCGGAUAGUCGCACGCACACCGGUGCCCAGCCGCCGUCGCUCAUCCCUGGCCCUGAUCCUUCAGGCCUCGCUGUCCACCAUCCAAAAUAA